UACAAUUAACUCCUGAUGAAUCAAAAUCAAUAAUUGUUACUGAUCUCACAUUGGCCACUGUUUUAGUAUCAUCAAAAAUUUCUUAUUCUACUGAAACUAGUACCAUGACCACUGCAUUAACUACUGCAUUGACUACUCCAUGGACUACUCCAUUGACUACUGCAUUGACUACUCCAUGGACUACUCCAUUGACUACUCCAUUGACUACUCCAUUGACUACUGCAUUGAUUACUCCAUUGACUACUCCAUUGACUGCUCCAUUGACUACUCCAUUGACUACUCCAUUGACUGCUCCAUUGACUACUACAUUGACUGCUCCAUUGACUGCUCCAUUGACUGCUCCAUUGACUACUCCAUGGACUACUCCAUUGACCACUGCAUUGACUACUCCAUUGAUUACUCCAUUGACUGCUCCAUUGACUACUGCAUUGACUACUACAUUGACUACUCCAUUGACUGCUCCAUUGACUGCUCCAUUGACUACUCCAUUGACUGCUCCAUUGACUGCUCCAUUGACUGCUCCAUUGACUACUCCAUUGACUACUACAUUGACUGCUCCAUUGACUGCUCCAUUGACUGCUCCAUUGACUACUCCAUUGACUGCUCCAUUGACUGCUCCAUUGACUACUCCAUUGACUACUACAUUGACUACUACAUUGACUACUACAUUGACUACUCCAUUGACUGCUCCAUUGACUGCUCCAUUGACUACUCCAUUGACUGCUCCAUUGACUGCUCCAUUGACUACUCCAUUGACUCCUCCAUUGACUGCUCCAUCAACUGCCCCAUUGACUACUACAUUGACUACUCCAUUGGCUACUCCAUUGGCUACUGUGUCAACUACUGUAUUAGUGAAUAAUGGAGGAAGUAUUACUGGAUGGAUAGUCAGUGUGACAGUAUUAGCAUCACUAUUAGCUGUAUCUAUAAUUAUUAUACUGGUACUGGUUGUAUAUAAUAAAAGAACUAAUAUCAAGCAAAAGAGUUUACAAUUCCAUAGAAAACCAGAUAAGGAGAUUGAAAUGGAAUUCAGUCCAGCUUAUACUACAAAUACUGCUGAUGAUCUAUCAAUGAAGGAUAGUCCAACAUACAUGUAUGCUACAGUACAAGAAGCACAAUCAACUGAUGAGCCAAUAUAUGAUACAGCUGGGCCUGAGUCUAUAUACUCCACCUGCUGAAUAUAAAAUACCAGUUUCAUGAUUUGGUGCACAAUACAACAUUAAAGUGUGUCUUUGUC